CCUACAGUACAAACAAAGGCUAACCAUUUUGCUGGCAUCAUGUUCGGUCUGCAGAAAUUUCUCCUCCUCCUUGUUCUGACCUGCUUUGGACAACUCGUGCAUGGCAUCAUACAUGGAGGAAAAUCCCCAGAGAGUUCAAUGCGAUAUAUGGUCUCUGUGCAAAACAACGGCGGUCAUGUGUGUGGAGGGUUUCUCAUCACUAAUAACUUUGUGGUCACUGCCGCACACUGUUAUGAUGACCACCCCACGCAUGUUGUUCUUGGCAACCACAAUCUCAAGAAUGGCCAAAUGGUAGCGAUUAAAAAAAAAUUCGUCCAUAACAGUUACGAAAGCCCUGAGACGGGUGAUGACAUCAUGCUUCUAAAAUUGGCAACCACAAACGGUCUACAUGAUGUAAUUCAACUUCCGCAUGCUGAAAUAGAUCUAACAGCAAAUGAAGUGUGCCAGGUGGCUGGAUGGGGAAAAACUAUGAGUGGUGGUAAAUAUGUUGGUGAGCUGAGGGUCGUGGACGUGUCUGUCAUUAACCCACAAGUCUGUAAGAAUCAAUGGCCUCAACUUCCUUCCAGUGUUAUCUGUGCAGGUGGAUAUGGCACAAACAAAGGAUUCUGUCAGGGUGAUUCUGGUGGUCCUCUGGUGUGCAAAGGGUUUGCUGUUGGUAUCGUUUCUUUCAACCACAACAGAAAUUGUAACUACCCAGAUAAACCCAACGUCUACACGGACAUCUCAAAAUACCUCCAAUGGAUCGACAUGAUUCUACAAAACCACCAAGGAUUGACAGUAAAACCCCACAUGUUUUGCUGUUUGCAUUACUGAAAUGUCAGCAUUUCUGAUUGCUCUGUCAAUGUAGCCAAGACAGAAAUUAAAAAUAUAUCCUGCAUGAAA